CCCGUAGUGUAUCCCGCCCCUCCCCCGCUGGCCGCCACCUCCCAUGGUUCCCUCCCUUUGACGCUCGCAGUGUGUCCCCAUGACCCUUGCCCUGCCACCCCUCAGCGAACUCCUCAUCCCCAGACCCCAUGGAGUGGAGAGGGGCCGGCUGCCGUCUGCUGCGGCGUCUUCACGCGUGGUCGUGCGGGCGGGGGGCGCAGAGCCUGGACCUUGGGGUGUGGCCCGGGGGCGUUGAGGUAGCCGUGGGCACCUACCCCCAGAGCCCCAGAGGUGCAGGCGAGCCCCCCAAGGGGCUGGAGAUGGACAGCGGGAAGCGUUUGUUUAAGGCCUUCCUGGGGAAGAUGCCAGAGUCGCAGCCACAGCCGUCCCAAGAGAACGGGCAGCCCUCGGCUCCACCAAGCCCAGCGGUGGCCUGGGGCCAGCCCGGGGCCCCGAGCAGCAGUCAGCAGGUGCUGCAGACUCAGGACUGGGAGGAUUCUGAACCACUGCGCCACCAGGGAAGCCCCAGUCCCUGCUUUAAACGCGAAUUAACAGCCAAGGGCACCAGACAUUCGGGGAAGAUCUCUGUCAUGAAGGAGAGCAAAACACCUGGAAAGAAAGGAGUCAGAAGGAGCACAGUGCCAGGCAGAGCACAGCAGAGCUGGAGAUGUGUCACCAUCCGCGAGGUGACCUGCGCCAUCUUGGAAAUAUUGGCCCACGCAGCCGAGCAAGAGGGGCGGAGAACGCGAGCAACUGCGGAGGAGGUGAUGCCGGCAUCACGGGAGACACGUGACUGCGCCCCGCCAGCACAGGAAAGUGGACUGGAAUCCACCCACAGCAGGGGGUUUGGGAAGAGGGUGCAGACAACUGCUCGGAAAUCAAACAAGUUCCAGAAGGACGGGGAGAGGCUGAGCAAGGCCACGCUGGGCCUGGUGCUCCAACUGCUGGCCCUGCAGGGCUCGGGCCGGUCUGGGCUGGACACCCUAGGCAGCCGGGAACAGUACAUUGGAUCCAGGAGAACAACAGUUACAGGGGGAGGUGGCCGGCUUCCUUCUGCUCCCUGUAACAGCCCCCUGUCCUCUGAGUUCCUUCUGCCCAGAACUUUUCCAUCUUGCAAACCUGAAGCAGCACCUCGCCCUCGCCCAGCCCUGGCAGCCAGCAUUCCAUGUUCUGACUCUACGGAUCUGAUGACCCUAGGUAACUCGUACGAGUGGGCUAAAACAGCGGUCCCCAACCUUUUUGGUGCAGGUGUGCGAGACGCAGGGGAGCAGGCCCCCAGCCGCCGCUGGAACGUCAGCAUAGACGAGCGCUGGAGGCUGGCCGUGCUGGGUGGCGGCGAGAGGCCGGGCCUCGCCGGGGCGACCCUCUCCUACAGGGACCUCGCGCAGACCGUGGCCCAGCUGGUGUCCCAGGACGAGGACAAGGGCGUGCUCUUACCCCAUCCACCGAGGUCCGCCGAGUCCAGCAGCGCCUUCCAAGCCUUCCUGGUCCGGAGCGCGCCUUUCUGGCACAACGUGGCCCUGGAGGCCCAGGCCGCGAGGUCGCCGCCCUCCUAAUAGGCGACUCAGCCCCGCGUGUCUGUCUUCGGUGCCUCUCCUGUGCGUCCUGGGGAGGCGGCCUGCCAGGUCUGGGGCGCACGGCUCCUGCGCCCUCCCCAGUGCCCACCAGACAGUCAUGACCAGCCCAGGGAUGAGAAAACGUCCUGGGAGGACGUCUGGCUGCCCUCUCCU